CAUAUGAGUUUUAGCACUCGGGCUAGUAUAUUAUAAAAUUUAAUCUCUCACAAAAAAGGCAACGAUACGCGAAAAUUCAUUGAGAAAAAAUGGAGAAUGAAUUAGUGGAGGAAGUUCCGAGAUUUUUGAAUAAGGACUACAUUGAGGGUCUUGUGAGGAAAAUUGAAAAUACGGAUAAUGUGAAGUUGGAAAAGUUUGAGUUGAGGCCAGUGACGAAAAAGGGUAAUCACUAUGCUAGUGUUAUGAUACGAAUACUUGUGGAUUAUGUUGUUGAGUCAAAAAAUCACAAACAUUUGCCACUCAUCCUGAAGACAACGUACGAUGAGAAGCACGAUGAAACUGAGAGCAUAAAACUCCUUAAGGAAUUCGACAUUCAUAGCCGGGAAAUGGUGAUGUACGCAAAAGUAUUAGAUAACUUCCACAAACUCUUGAGAUCAAUCAACGACGACACACAGUUUUCAGCUCGAAGGUAUUGUGAAGAUAAAGCAACCAAUACGAUGGUUUUUGAAGAUCUCAUGGUCAGACACUACAAGUGCGCUAAUCGAAUUGAACGAUUGGACAUGGCACACGCUAAAUUAGCUUUGAAGAAGUUAGCAAAAUUCCACGCAACCUCCAUUAUGUACAAGCAGAAGGAACCCACAGCUUAUGCUGCCUUCGGUAAGGCCUUCUUCUCGCGUGAUCAUCCAGAUGCUCGAGAUUUCUGCUUGAAGCAAUACGAUGGGCUCGUUGAACUUCUCUCCGACCUGGAUGGAUACGAAUACUAUGCAAAUAAAUUGAUCAAGUUCAGGGAUAUUUUUGUCGAGAAGGGCAUUGAGUUGUAUGACACGCAAGAAUCCAACUUCAAUGUCCUCCUCCACGGUGACUUCUGGUCUAACAACAUGAUGUUCCGAUACGAUAGUGCAAAUAAUCCAGUUGACGUUAUUUUUGUGGACUUCCAAUUACCAUUCUGGGCCACCCCCGCAAUUGAUAUUCUUUACUUCAUUCACACCUCACUGAAGGAGAAUUUGCGUCUCACCAAACAGAAUGAGUUGGUGCAAUUCUACUAUUACGCCCUAAAAGAGAUAUUGAUUGAUGGCUUUAAAUACACUGGAAAAUUCCCAACACUUCAUGAAUUUCAAGUCAUCAUUCUACAGAGUAGUUUACAAAUUUUUAUUUCUGCAUUCCUCGUUCAACCAAUCAUCAUUUUGGAUGAGAAAAUUGAAUCGGAUAUGUUUCUCCUUAUGAACCGUGAUGAGGCUGGCAUGAAGUUCACCCACGAUAUGUUCCAUCAUCCUAAUACAGUGGAAAUAGUGAAGAAUGUUCUUCCUUAUAUUGAUGCUAUAGGAAUUUUAGAUUGAUCAAAUAAAAUACAAUAAUGUGCAAUACAAUUGAAGAAGAAA